UCAAAAUCCAAAUGGGUAUCUUAGUUGAAAGUACCUCCAUCCAGUAAAUUAUAAUAAUACAGUUUGCUGUCAAAAUAUCUAAUUACUUGACUCAUAUAUACACAAAAAUCACAAAAUUACCAUAUUGAUACCGCGCCACGGAAUAAAAAUGGAAGCCUCUACGAAGACCACGUCCAGUAUGAAUUUGAAGCUUCUCAUCGAUUCAAGAGGCCAAAGGGUCCUAUUCGCCGAAGCAGGGAAGGAUUUUGUUGAUUUUUUAUUCAUCCUUAUGUCCUUGCCAGUUGGUACGGUAAUAAAUCUGCUGUCAAGCAAUGCCAUGAUUGGUACUCUUGGGAAGCUUUACCAAAGCAUUGAGAAUCUCGAUGACACUUAUUUGCAGCCAAAUGCCGACAAAGAAACCUUGUUGAACUCCAAAGCACCAGCUCUUUAUGGUGCAAAUCCAAUCCCUCUUUUGUUGCCCAACAAUAACAUUGGUCAUGAGCAUGCAGGUAAAAAAAUGUAUGUAUGUUCAAAUAUCAGCCGCAACACCUAUUAUUAUGUGGCCGAUGAUUCCGCUGUAUGUGGCCAUCUGUAUGUGGCCGAUGAUUCCGCUGCCUUAUGCCCGCAGUGCAAGAACAGGAUGUCCGUCGCAGUGAAUUAUGUUGUAGGUGGCAAGAAGAUUGGGGAGAAUGAAUUGCACUCAACAUCGUCAUCAUCAUCAUCAUCAUCUACUGGAUGUGGAGGAGGGUUUGUUAAAGGCGUGGUUACUUAUAUGGUGAUGGAUGAUUUAGAAGUGUCUCCAAUGUCUACCAUUUCAGGCAUAGCCAUCCUUAACAAGCUCGAUGUUAAAGAUGUUGGUGCUCUUCAGGAGAAGAUGGUUGCCAUUGGCAUGAAUGAGGGGUUGAAAUUAUUGAAAGCAGCUUUGCAGUCAAAAACUGUUCUCACCGAUGUGUUCCUGGGGAAGAAAGCAACUACCGAGAUUUAGUUGAUAUCAAUUACUCUAUGCUUCCAUGUAUUAUGAUUAUUUAAUCCAUUCCAGGUGAUGGAUAUUAAAGAAAAGAUUUAUAAGCUAUAAUUCUUGAUUCUGCAAAUAUUUGAUUGUUACUAUUUGAGGGGGGAAGAAUGUAAAAUUUGAUGAAGAUGUUUUAUUGAAAAUGCCUUCGGUUUGAUAAACCAUAAAAAUCGUUAAUUGAUUUAUUA